AUUGUUUUUAGUAGCAUGUUAUGCCAAAAUGCAGCGACAGUGGACAGGUGGGAGCGGACGGCGAUAGCGUUGUAGCAGCGAGGUUUAUGUAACGCGAGGAGCGGCGCGGCGCGGCGACUGUCGAGUACAAGCGGGCGUGCGGUGGCAGGCGGCAGUGCUCCGCCGACCGCCGGGGCACACCGCGCCAUGGACCGCCCGAGCGGAACACCGCCACAGAGUCCCUCCGCCGCGCAUUCCGGAUUUGGCGCCUUCUGCAAUGCUCUUACUGAAACGCUCUCGGGUAUGGCAACCACUUCGAGGAGCCGAAGAAAGCAAGAAGAUGAGAAAAAAAAUAAAAAGAAGCAGUCUCCAGUGGACGACCGGCCAUCGGUACCAGCGCCAAGUGAGGCAUUGCUCAAUAAUCUCCGAACAGCAUUCGGUCUGUUGGAUAGGGAUAGCGACGGUCACGUAACGCCGGCGGAGCUGCAGUUUAUGCUGCGCAACCUAGGCAUCGAGGUCAGUGACGACCUCAUAGCCGAUCUUAUUAAGGAUGCCAGUAAAACUGGAAAUGGCUUAAUAGAUGAAAACGAGUUCAUGCAGUGGGUGACAAAGAUUCAAGCACUGCAAGGGUUAGAUGUUACAACGACUGGAGGAGAUUCGGAAGAAGAAAUAACGAGAGAUUUGCUGGCAGCAUUCAAAGUGUUCGACCGCGACGAUAACGGAUACAUAACGCGGGAUGAAUUGCGCUCAGCACUAGAAAUUAUAGGAGAACCUGUGACGGACGCGCAACUGAACCAAGUGCUGGCGCUCGGGGAUAUUGACCACGAUGGCCGCAUCGACUAUGAAGAGUUUGUCAAGAUGCUGUUGUAAUAAAAAAAAUCAUUGAAAAAGAAAGACCUCACUAGAUAUAUUACUGUCUAUUGUCAUCGAUGUUUCAACGACGUCGCGUCGUAGUUAGUUGAGUAGUUAUUGUAACUGGAUACUGUCCAAGGAUCGAGUUAGGUUAAUUUACUUAUUUAUAGAUUUUUAUAGGUUAUAGAUAUAACCAUGUAUAGAUGAAAUGUUUAAAGGCUUCAUAGAAGGCAGAUUGAAAUAUUUGACUAAUGAUCGUUAACGUUUUGAAGUAACUCUUAUAUGUUAUUUUCUUUUGAAUGUCUGCCUUUGAAUAAGAAGUUGAAACAGUAAAUUAAUUUAUAUAUCUACGUAUAUUUAAAAAAAGUUUUUUUUUAGUCUUGCCUACCUUAGUAGGCUACAAGUACAUGCAUAGUACAUACAUUCGAGCAGUUAUUUUUUUUAUACCUACUGCAAAAUUAAUGUUUGCGGUUUUCGUCUGUAAGUGUUUUUAGUCAAUAAAAUUAGAGAUAUUUUUAUAUGCAUGAUAAAAUUGCAAACGCUUUUUACAACGACAGAGCGAUCUUCGUUUGGACUCAAUACGACUGAUAAUAUAAAACAAAUAUUCUUGGAUGUUUUUAUUUGUCUAUUUUGUACUUACUUGAUAAAAUGAAAAUUUUCUUUUAUGCAAUCUUAAGGCACUAUGAAAUAUUAAAAUUUAUUAACAUGGCAAUACGAGCUUUUUGGCAUAAAGUUAUUUUAGGUUAACAAAUCAAAGCUAUACUUAUGUAUAAUAUAUCAUAAAAUAUUGUAAUUUUAUGGUUGUGAAAGAUAAUUUAUAUCAAAACAAUUGUAUAUAUUACGCCGUUUCAAUGUUUAUUUAUAUACAUAAAGCGAAUAGAGUAUAAAAGUUCAGUGCGAACACAAGAUGCCCACACACAUUAUAUUUAUAUUUUAAUUACAAAAGGCUUGCUUUGUAAAGACUAUUACAAAAGUGAACUAUUAUUAAAUUUUACAACAAAUAUUUUGUAAUUGUUGCUAAAUAUUUGUAGUAUCAAAAAAGUUCAUGGUUGCAAUAGUUUAAAAAAUAGCCUUUGAAAGGCAUGUGAUUUGUAUUAUUCGUGAUCAAAUAAAACAUAAAUUUGUUAUUUA